UUGGAUCCAGCUCUCAAAGCACCAUUCCACCCUAUAACUGCUAGUUUGAUAUUCUUGUUCUUUGAUAAACUUUAUUACAGUUUCCUCUCUGUCAAAGUAUCAAAGAUAAUACUUGUUUGGUCAAGCAGGGAAGAAGAAUAAGAUUUAAUCUCUUUGGUAGCUGUGAUACCUAACUUCACUUGAUUGGAGAUACCCAUUCUGAGACUCAGUAAUGACUUGCUUUUUAUUGUAGCUAUCAGUGACAGUAUCAGGGCCAACAGUCUCCAAGUACAGAAGAGGUUCAAAACUCUCAUGUUGUAAACCUUACAACCUUUAGCUCAUAGUAUCACUCCUAACCUAUUAUUGAACUAUAUAGUUGAGGACUGACUAGCCACAGAUCAACUGGAGACCUUGAGUUGGAUCCUCGGUGUUGCCUUAAUCAAUGGAGAGCUUUAGUCACAUGGGGAAGAGUUACUACAGCGAGAAUUAGUCUCAGGAUAAACCCAGAUGACUACCUACUACACAGUUUCAACAUUAUGA